AUGAAGCUGCUCAGCUUGCGACUACUCCUCCUUUGGCUCCUCUGCUGUGUUGGUCAUGGAGAUGCCCAGCGCACCAACCUCACCAUUGGCAUUGCCUUGGCCGAAGUCGGCUCGAUUUCGGCCAUGACCGAGGCUGCCCUCAUGGCAGUGAACGACGUCAACAGCGAUCCGACACUUCUGCCCAAUAUCACGCUUCUCACGAGGAUGGGCUACUCUUGGUCGGUGGGGACGGCGGUUCAAAACGUGGUCAGCUUCUCAGGCGUCUCAGGGCUUGUUGGAAUCAUAGGGCAAAGCUACUCUACUAUAACCGUGCCAAUGGCGCCCGUGAGCAAAGUGUUCAAUAUUCUUCAAUGCAGCGGAUCCAGCACCACAACCACCUUGACGGACAAGUCCUCGUACUCGACAUUUUUCAGAACCAUCCCGAACGACAAUCUCCAGGCACCGGCCAUCUUGGCCUUUGUGCGGUCCCGCGGAUGGUCCAACAUCCUGUUGAUGAUUGCCGCAAACCAAUAUGGCUUUGGUAUCCAGGCGGCAAUCCAGCAACUCGCACCUGGGAUGGGGAUCACCGUCCAGGCCAUCGGAACAUACAACGCCCCGAUCACAGGAACCGACAUCGACGACCAAAUCAUCAAGCUCAAGGCAACGGGAUACCAGAUCAUUGUCUUUGUCGGGGUCGACACUGACCUGAUUCUGUAUCUCGAGCGAGCAGCAAUCUAUGACUUUGUUGGUCCGAGAUACACCUAUAUUGGAUCCGAUGCGACCUACUCGAUUUCCAACACCUUGACCAGCGUGACCCCAUACAACACAACCGCAAACAUGCAGCUGGCUUCGGGGUUGGUUUCGAUCAUGCCUCAAGAGGUUGGAACAACUCUCAACACUCGCGCUCAGUCAAUCUACAACCGUUUUGUGGCGGCCCACGGCAACAUUGCACCUCGACCGGGAAUGUUCUUCACAUACGACUGUGUCCUUGGGAUGGCAUACGCCAUCAAACAGCUCCUCGCAAACGGAAACACCACCGUCGCAGCAAUUGCAAGCCGAAGCUUCCCGAUGGCCGUCACGUCGGUGCUGACUCCGUUCGUUGGCUCAACCGGCCAGGUGACAUUCUCGGCAGGCGAGCGCAUCGGAAACUACAUUGUCGGCAACUACAUCUUCAACGCUUCGGCGAUGAGCCUUGUGUCUGUGGUCAGCCAGAACCUCAGUGUGACCGACAUCCAGCCGGUGAUCUAUCCGUCAGGACUGACCGUGCCGUCGACCGACCACAUCGUCCUCCCUGAGGUGUAUAUUGCGUACACCGACCCGGCUCCGAUCGUCCUGAUAAUCAUCUACAUGAUUGGACUGCUGUCGACCCUCUUCUGCUGGAUAUACGUCUUGAUCAAGUCAAACACACCCGCCAUCAAAGCCAUGUCACCUCCGUUCCUCCAGAUCAUCAGCCUCGGACUCGUCCUGCUGUGGCUGACGGUCUUUGGCUUCACAGGAAAAAUGUCGGCUGUCAGCUGUCAGCUCCAGAACUGGUUCGGAUGGCUCGGCUUCUCGAUUAUCACGGGCAGCCAGCUGGUCAAGGCAUAUCGAAUCUGGGUGAUCUUUGACAAUCAGAAGCUCAAGAAAUCUGCUCUGACCAACAUCGUUCUAUUUGGAUACACGGCUCUGGUUGUGUCCGUCAAUGUGAUUCUCCUUGCGGUGUGGAUGGCGAUUGAUCCGCCUGUUCCGACAUUGAUCACCGUCAAUGGCUCGUACGUUUAUUACGAUUGCGUCAGCUCUACGUCUGCGAGCCAUGCCAUCAUGGACACCCUCAUAGCGUACAACGGCGUCCUUCAGCUCGCUGUUCUGCUCUUUGCAUACAAGACCCAAAACGUCGACAGCGUCUACCGUGAGAGCAAGUGGAUGACCUACACCUCGCUCUUCAACAUCCUCUGUGGAGCCAUCGUCAUCAUCAUCCUUUCCACCGGCAACGGAACGCCUUCUGGCAAUUACUACAUCCGAGUCAUUGUUCUCUUGAUUGCCAUCCUCGUCACGCUCUACUGCCACCUUGGCCGACUGAUCUUGGCAGUUCAGUCCUCCGCAAAUCACGUCAGUAGACCUCGAGACAGCCAGACGUCGACGGCAGCGUCGCCCACGAAGCAGUCCGAGACCAACUACGCCUUCAUCGUUGAUGUCGUGGUGAAGGAGGAAGGCAACUUGUUCUCGACCUGGGAGGCUCGUCGCCUCAUCUUUGUUGCCGAGCACAUGGCCCUCUGCAUGUUUCCGGUGGCCGUCGCAGAGGAGAAAAUUGGCGGUGGUGGCGGCGGUGGUGGCGGCAACCUCGAGGAGUUUUCCAAAAAGAAGAUGCGCACCGUCAUCACCAAGCCCGGGAUUUGCGUCUAUUUGCCCAACUGCACGUUUGCCGAUGGCGGUGGCUCCGACACAAUCGUGUUUUCGGCCGGCAAGGGUGGCAAGACGUACCUGAUGCAGACCAAGAAUGAGGAAGACAAGCAGAGGGUCAAGGAUAUCUGCGAGCAGUGCGCCACGAGAAGCAAGGGCCCCAGCAAAAUCCACAGAACCUCCGAAGCCUGAGAGCGCAAGCAUCAGUGCAUCUCACAUUGCUCACAUUGCUCACAUUGCUCACAUUGCCCGCAUUGCCCACUCUCACGAUUUCCCACCAGUAUUGUUUACUGGCUGUCUGGAAUGCGUUUUGCUGCUGCCCAGCCCCCACCCGCCUUUGAAUUCGUUUAGUGUGGCAUUCCAACGCAUCUUUGAGCAUAGACUGUCAAUCGCUUCAUUCAUUUCUUCAACAAGUUUAUUUGGUUUCGUUUGUCACAUGGGGAGGAGGGAGGGGAAUGCCGCGAUCAUGUGCCCGUGAUAACUGUUGGUCGAAACACAAUGUCGCUUGAUGUUGGGAUGGCAAUCUUCAAUGGCCCCAUUGAAUCCAUCCGUCAACGCUGCCGAUGUCAC